AUGUCUGAGAAAAGACACACUGCUGUGUCACACAGACGAAGUCCGUACGAGCAAGGCGAGCUGAAGCCAAGCCCUGAGCGACAUGUGAAGAGAAAGAAGAGCAAGAAAAGUAAGAAGUCACAUCAUUACCAGCUGCCUCCGGAGGCUAAGCCACAUGUGAGAUCAGCAGAUGAGGAUGAUGAUGUUCAGAUUAUAGAAGCUGUUGACCAUGGAGAAGAGGAAGGGGGGAGUCUGACGAUAAAGCCACCUCAGAUGCAAGCCCUGAAACACAAGGACAAGCACAAACACAAGAAAGACAAGCAUCGAUCACACGAGCACAGCGCCUCCAGAGAAAGAGUACAGGUGGACAAACUAGCUGGUCACCGGGAGAGAAGGAAGGCUGCUUACCCAGAUUUGAGAGAUGCCAGAGAAAUAGUCAAAGAAAGGAAAAAGCAAAGAGAACGUAAGGAGAAAGAAAUUCAGAAAGAGAUAAGAGACAGAGAGGCACGCAAAAGAGAAGAAUCUAUCAAAGAAAGGGAGCGGCUAGAGAAGAUGGAGCUAGAACGACGUAGGGAUGUUAUGAUGAGGGAACAACGCAUCAAAGAGAAGCCUCGCCAGGACAAGCGCAAAGAAGACAGGCGACCUAUGCCAGAAAACAGAAGAGAACUGGAAAAGACCAGAAGUGAAGACAGGCAUUCUGAUGAGGAAGGUCUUCGCAGUCGUAGUCGAGAGUAUGACAAGACAAAGGACAAGACACGUCACUUUCCUCCACCUCCCAGGCUUCAGGAAGAUAAAGGCUUAAAAAGGGAGCUCACCAAAAGUCAGUCAUCGUCGUCAGUUACAAAAUCCUCAAGGAAGAUUGCUGAGGAGAAGCAUUCUGAAGGAGAGCAAGACACGCGCAUGGUUGUAGUCGACGGAAGCCCAGGUCAGUUGCCGCCU